GUGGGAUCAAUUUAGAACCCAUAUGAUGCUUGCUAUCUCACCGGUUCAGGAAAUUGUAUUGAGGUUUGUUAUUUAUCGGAAUAUAAUCUGAAAAACGACAACUGAUACACCCAGAAUUCUCCUGUUGACCCACUGAUAUGCGUCAUUUGAGAGGGGAGGACACCAGCACCCAUCCUGGGUGCCGAUAUAUUUAACGGAAGUCGACUUCUUUCAACUCAACAGCGAUUUGCCAUGAUAAAGGCCGCAGUCAUCGUUUCGCUUGUUGCUCUCUUCGUUGGGUCUACCUCCGGGCACACCAUCUUCCAGGAGUUGUACAUUAAUGGUGCCGAUCAAGGCCACAAUAAUGGUAUUCGUGUGCCCAAUACGAACAACCCUGUGAUGGAUGUAAGCUUGAAUGACAUUAUAUGCAACAUUGGGCUCUCUUCCUCCGACGCCGUCAUCAACGUCCCCGCCGGAGGUCAGGUAACCACCGAAUGGCACCACGGUGGCAAUGGAGCUUCUCCAGGAGACGUCGAUGAUCCCAUUGCGUCCAGUCACAAAGGACCCAUCAUCACCUAUUUAGCCAAAGUUUCUGACGCCAAAUCAGCCAGUGUUACCGGUCUGAAGUGGUUCAAGGUCCAAGAAGACGGGUACGACGCGUCAACGCAGAAGUGGGCCGUCGACAAGCUCAUCGCCGGCGGGGGUAAAUACACGUUCACAAUGCCCAAAUGCGUCCCGUCUGGCCAAUAUUUGAUGAGACACGAGAUCAUUGCGCUUCAUGGUGCUGGCACGUACCCUGGUGCUCAGUUCUAUGUUGGUUGUGCUCAAAUCAACGUGACCGGCGGUGGUAGUGCAUCCCCCGCUACUGUUAGCUUCCCUGGUGCAUACAAGGGAAGUGACCCUGGCAUCACCAUCUCAAUCUACUGGCCUCCUGUUACCAACUACACUAUCCCAGGGCCAAAGGUCUUGACUUGCUGAGGUGUUGCUCUCUCCUCAUGUGUUGCUUGUACCGGUGUAUUUCGUAGUCGUUGUUGGACGCACUCCAUACUAUCAAACUUAAUCAACGAG